CGCAGGUGGGUGGGAAGGUGAGGAAGGUGAAUGCGGAAGAAGAGGAAGAACUCGAGAAAAAACAGGAAAAUAUAAAGUGAGAAGUUUUAUAUCGCCGAAAGUUCAACAAUAACAAUUGCAGCAUGGGGCUGUGUGACGGCCUGUCCCACUGUAAACUGGCGCUGGCCUUUGCCGUGAUGAUGGAUCUGCUGGGUGGAUCCGCUCUGUUGGUGGGAGUCUUUGCCAAAUUGGAAAUAAAUGGACAAGAUUAUGGGGACCUGCUGGUCUACAGCGGAGUCCUGCUCGUGGUUGCGUCUCUUGCCGGAUGGGUGCUGUGGUACAGCGGCAACAUCGAAGGCCUCACGCAGAAAAAGGAGCUUGGACACAUCAGCACCGCCGUCGACCAACUCGCACGCAACCUCAGCCGGAAAAUCCGAACAUACACCAGCCACCGCUGAGGAGGAGGAAGAGUCUGCUUCAUUGUAUGAGUCUGGAGAAGAUCCAGUUUGUCAGUAUUUAUAUCAACGACAGAAACAUUUCUGCUGUAGGUUAGAUCUUUACCUGUCAUCCUGUUACAAAGUUAAACUGGUAAUGUUCAUUAACAAGCAGUGUUUUUAUUUUAUUAUUAUUGGAAUGAAAUAUAAUAAAUAAGUGGUAUGCUUUGAAUUUCUUUUACUCUUUUCAAAUAAAAUUGUGUCAAACUGUA